AAACGACAAUAGAAGGGCUUUGGGUUCCAUAGCAAGGUCAAGGCCAGGAUCAAUUGCACAAGUGAAUUUGUAUAAAAAUGGGAGGAGCAAAGGAGGCACAGGAAGAAGAAAAGCACAAGGAAGAGAAAGACAAGAAGGAGGGGAAGGACAAGAAAGAGAAGAAGAAGAAGAAGGAGAAAGAUAAUGGUGAAGGAGAAGGGACAGGUGAGGGUAAAGAGAAGAAAGUGAAAGAAAAGAAAGACAAGGGAGAGAAGAAAGAGAAGACCAAUGAUCCUGCCCAAAUAAAAAUGAAGCUAGAAAAGAUAGACACAAAGAUGAAAGCUUUGGAAGCACAGAAAGAAGAGAUCAUGCACAUGCUAAAAGAAGCUGAGACUGUUGGAGCUGUGGGGGAUAAUGGAGGUGCACAUAACAUUGGAGAAAUAAAAUGAGAAUUUUGAACUUUCUUAAAGGAAUAAUAUAUUAUAAGUGUUGAUUUUUUGUACAUGAAAGUCGCAGUUACUCAUUAUCAGAUGUAAAAUUUGGAGGCCAGGGGUGAGUCACUUCUCAGCACAAAAGCUUGUGAAUCUUUUUCUCAAACUUAGAGUAUGGUCGUGGCACAUACCAAAUUGCCUGGUUUGACAUUUGACACCUAGAUGUGAUUGCGACUUUCUGUACUGAAGCGAAGAUAAGCAAUCUUAUGAUGUACUUCAUUUCUUAAAAGGUGACAAGGUGUAAACAUCAAUAUUGCUCUUUUUCUUUUUCUUUUUCUUGAUCUAUCUUUAUUUUUUUUCUUUUCCCAUAGAGUUCUAUUGAUUAACAAUUUUGUAUUCUCCAUUGUUGGGGAUUAUGUCAUGAUUUGGGUCUUAAAUUAUUCUAAGAUGUUUUUUGAACUCAUGUUAAGACUGAUUUGAUAUUUAUGGGGACACGUUAAGAGUA